UCUCAGCAGAUCACGCCCCAGCUCGCCCUCCAAGUCCUCCUACAGUUUGACAAAGCGAUCAAUGCUGCAUUAGCCCAGCGGGUCAGAAACCGAGUCAAUUUCAGGGGCUCCCUGAACACCUACAGGUUUUGCGACAAUGUUUGGACCUUCGUGCUGAAUGACGUGGAAUUCAGGGAGGUCACAGAAGUGGUGAAAGUGGAUAAAGUCAAAAUCGUGGCCUGCGAUGGGAAAAUUCAGGUAGAAGACAACGCUUCUCAGUAG